AUGCUCAAGCGAGUCUGCACAUUGAUCAUUAGAAGAGGACUUUUGACAUUUCAGAAUGACAGCGCCUUCAGAGUUCAUCCAUCGGUAUCGCAUGCACUGGCAGAAAACCGCCCAGUGGUGGCGCUAGAGAGCACUAUCAUCACUCAUGGCAUGCCCUAUCCUCACAAUCUCAGCACAGCCAGAGAGGUGGAGGCCAUAGUGAGGGCCCAAGACGCCACCCCUGCCACUGUCGGGGUGAUUGAGGGCAAAGUUCACAUCGGUCUGUCUACGGAGGAGCUGGACUUCCUGGCCCGCUGUGACGGCUCCGUCAAGGUGUCUCGCCGUGACCUGCCGUAUGUGGUUAGCCAAGGGCUCUCUGGGGGAACGACUGUGUCGGCCACCAUGAUAGCGGCACAGCGAGUUGGCAUCCCCGUGUUUGUCACUGGAGGCAUCGGGGGAGUGCACAGAGAUGGAGAGAAUAGUCUGGAUAUCAGUGCGGAUCUAACAGAACUCGGCAGGACUCCCGUUGUUGUGGUGUCUGCUGGAGUCAAGUCUAUUCUAGACGUUGGGCGCACUCUGGAGUUCCUCGAGACGCAGGGUGUUUGUGUUGCCACCUAUGGACCAUCAAAGGAUUUCCCAGCCUUCUUCUCUCCACUAAGUGGAUUCACCUCUCCUUACCAAGUCGGCGACCCUGACAAGGCUGCACAACUCAUCGAGAGUGCUUUGUCGCUUGGUGUCCACAGUGGCGUGCUGAUCGCUGUGCCCAUCCCGCAGGAGUACGCAGCAGCUGGCCAGCAGAUAGAGCAAGCAAUACAGACGGCCUUGGCAGAGACAAAUGCUCGAGGCAUCACAGGAAAAGACGUGACGCCGAACAUUCUCCAAAGGAUCAACGAGCUGACGCAAGGAAAGUCCCUUCAAGCCAAUAUUGCUCUCAUUCAUAACAAUGCAAAAGUUGGCAGCCAGAUAGCCGGUGCGCUGUCAAAGCGGGUGAACAAAAGAAAGUCAAGUAUCGCAUCAUAUCAUCCCGCCAAACAAUGUGAAACCAAUAUCGUUGUCGUCGGGGGUAUAAAUGUGGAUUUUAUUGCAAAAGGAAAAACGAAAACACUUCAAUUUGGACAGACCAACCCAGGAAGUUUUUGUCAGUCAUAUGGAGGCGUAGGACGAAACAUCGCUGAAUGUCUGAGUCGUUUGGGUCAUCGGCCGAUGUUCAUCUCAGCCACCGGAGCUGAUUCUCAAAGCGAUGCCGUCUUCAACUACUGCAAACAUAUGGAUACCAGCGGCGUGACGAGGUUGGAAGGCCAAAGCACAGCUACCUACUGUGCGGUUAUCACUGAAAAUGGAGAACUCAGUCUUGGACUGGGCGACAUGGACAUUCAUCAGCUAAUAACAGAACAAUAUGUGUCACAGUUUGAGAAGCAGCUUUUGUCGUCCACCCUGGUGUGUCUUGAUGGAAACAUACCAGCCUCCACCAUCAGUUAUGUUUGCUCCGUCGCCAAACAGCACAACAUCAACGUUUGGUAUGAGCCGACGGAUUCAAAAAAAGCUUGUAAACCCUUUCUGUCCGACGCCUGGAAGUCGCUGUCCUACGCGUCACCCAACCUGGCGGAGUUGUGCACCAUGAAUAAAACGCUUGGCCUACAAACACCUAAAGUGCUUCCAAACUCCCUGGAGCAGGUGCUGAGUCUGGCCGUGGCCCUCUCACGCCCCCUUCUGGAGCAUCUCCACUGCCUGGUGGUGACCCUGGGAGAGAAUGGAGUGGUGGUAUGCGGUGAGCACCAUGUGGGCUCAGUCAAUCUGAAGCCAAGAAUAGAGAAGAAGACAAGGAAGCUGUGCGCUCUCCACUACCCAGCACUGAGUGCAGCAGCACAUAAGAACGUCUCAGGAGCAGGAGACAGUCUUGCAGGCGCCUUGAUGGCCGGGAUCAUCCAGGGUCGAGACACGGACGCAUGUGUUCGGAUGGGUCUCCUGGCCGCACGCUUGUCCCUCGCAUCACCACAUCCUAUCGCUCCCAUGCUGAGUACACACUCUGUAGAGCCCGACCGCAUCCAAAACCACAGCUGGCCCAAACCAACAUUCAUGUGGCUUGACUGAAAGUGUUUGGAGUUGGUGCCUCUAAAUUGUCCGUAGAAUGUUGUUGUUUGUCUGUAUGUGCCUUGCAAUUGACUGGCAACCAGUCCAGGAUGUAACUCCACCUCUUGCUCAAAGUCAGCUGGGAUAGGCAUCAGCACACAUUAAAUAUUGACACUUUUGGCCCAAUUUGGACAUUUUCACUUAGGGGUGUACUCACUUUUGUUCCCAAUGGUUUAGACAUUGAUAGCUAUGUGUUGAGUUA